AUGAAGGUACACGCUUUCAAGUACCAUGUGCCCGGGAUUUUCGACGAAAGGCUCAGACCUGAUGAUGAACAAGUUCUACGGGGUAGGAGAAAUGCUUUAAAUCAAGCUACUAGAUGGCUUUUGGGUAGGCCUGCUUCGUUAGAUGAACUGGUUACUUUCGUUGUUAUACAGAGAAUGCUCAGUACGGCUGAUAACACCGAGGUAACGCCUAGACAAGAAAAAGCCAUGGCCGAGUUGUGCAGAUUUCUGCGGAUACCAGUUCCUGAUAAUUUUAUAUUGGAACCAGCUAAUUCACCAGGAUGCCUCAUUCACUGGAAAGCUGUCUUGCUGAUUGCUGCAAGUCUGGACGCAGAUGAGAGACAGUAUUGGCAAGACUACUAUCCAGUGCCAGAGAACGCAGAAAUCCAGCCCCAGGUUGAAGCACAAGUACGCCUACCAGCAGCCUUCGACAGCCAUUUCCACCUGGACAGAACGCUACGCAAGCUUAACAUUAAUCCAGCCGGAAACCUGGAUGACAUUAUCAAUUGUGUUCCAGUAGACGCAGAUAAAAAGGUCAAUCUAGUUGGAACAGUCGCCGUCUACUGCGAUCCUAGAAGCUAUCCGUCUGAACAAUGUCUUCUAGACUUGCCAGAGGAUAUGACAGUUGCUAUUGGAUUUCAUCCAAAACAUGCAAAGAACAGCGUACGUAGCCUUGAUGUGGACACGAUGCAGUUAUCGAGGCUUUUACAGAAUCCUCGUGUAAAAGCGCUCGGCGAGAUAGGUCUCGAUCAUUCCGAGCCAAUAAAAUACUGGUCGUACCAGGUGGAAUUACUGGAAAAAGUACUGCCAUUGCUUGAAGACCGUCACAUAUUGAUUAUUCAUUGCCGUGGGAUGAAAGGGAAUUGUGGUACAGAAGCCUUCCUAUUGCUUCUCCAUUUCUUACAACAGAAGGUACGACAAAAUCACCCCAUUCACCUACACUGCUUCACGGGAAACCAGUAUGUGAUACAGAGAUGGUUGGAGAUAUUCCCAAGAACUUAUUUUGGAUUUACCAACUUGGUCGAGUCGUUCAAUCCUGAACAGGUUGCAGCACUUCAAAGUAUCGACGAAAACCGCUUACUUCUGGAGUCAGACGCGCCAUAUUUUCCAAGUAUGGGUUCCGAGGCAUCAUCUCCAAGUCAGAUCUUCGCAGCAGCCAAGAGUGUAGCCACACACCGACAGAUGACUGUGGAGCGAGUGUUAGAGAUCACAGUUGCCAACGCGAUGUAUCUCUACAGAGGGCAGUCCCAGUAA